UCACGCGCGUAGCGGAAGUGGAGACGAGGUGUAAACAGACCGUUGAGCAGCGCGUGAAGAUGGGCUCAACAGGAGAGGGGACGGUGGUGAAAUGUGUGUUACUGGCCGCUGUCUGCAGUGUGUGUCAGUCGCUGCAGGGCGGGAUGCUGUUUCCCACAGACUCUCCCACCAGAGAAGUGAAAGAUGUGAGCGGCCUGUGGAGAUUCAGAGCGGAUCUUUCUCCGGAGCGGAACCGCGGCUUUGAGCAGAAGUGGUACAAGCGUCCACUGGCGGAGACGGGUCCAGUGAUUGACAUGCCGGUGCCGUCCAGCUACAAUGACAUCACACAAGAUUCCAAAAUCAGGGAUUUCAUUGGCUGGGUGUGGUAUGAGAAGGAAGUGUGGGUGCCCGCGCGCUGGAUCCAGGACCAGGGAACACGGAUCAUGCUCCGAGUUGGAAGUGCACACUAUUAUUCUGUGCUUUGGGUGAAUGGGAUCAAGAUGACUGAACACGCGGGCGGUCAUCUACCCUUUGAGGCGGACGUUGGCGGCAUCCUGCGUCAGAGCACCGGAAGUGCAUGUCGAAUCACCAUUGCAGUGAACAACACUUUAACUCUAGAGACGCUUCCACCAGGAACCAUUCAGUACAUGAACGAUCGCACCAGAUACCCCGCUGGCUACUUUGUUCAGAACAUUAACUUUGAUUUCUUCAACUAUGCUGGAAUACACCGAUCGGUCCUGCUGUACACGACACCAAAGGUGCACAUUGAUGACAUCACAGUGGAGACGUCAUUCUCUGAUAACAUUGGGCUGGUCAGUUAUAAUGUGUCCGUGUUGGGCAGCUCUAAACCUGCUGUGAAAGUGACUCUCUCUGCAAAGGACGGCAGAUGUGUGGCUUCGGCUAACGGCACCAGAGGAAUGCUCAAAGUCACAGACGUCAACCUCUGGUGGCCGUACCUGAUGCACGAAAACCCAGGAUACCUUUACUCCAUGGAGGUUCAGGCCACAGCAGAGGAUGGACAGACGGACGUUUACACUCUUCCUGUGGGUAUUCGUACAGUUAAAGUCACCAGCACACAGUUUCUCAUCAACAACAAGCCGUUCUACUUCCACGGGGUCAACAAGCACGAGGAUGCAGACAUCCGGGGGAAGGGCUUCGACUGGCCUCUGAUCGUGAAGGAUUUUAACCUGAUGAAGUGGAUGGGGGCCAACUCCUUCCGCACCAGCCACUAUCCCUACGCCGAAGAGAUCCUGCAGAUGGCCGACCGUCACGGCAUCGUGGUUAUAGAUGAGUGUCCUGGAGUGGGCAUCAGAGACAUAAGGAGUUUCGGGAAUGUUUCUCUGGCUCAUCACCUGAUCGUCAUGGAGGAGUUGGUCAGACGUGAUAAAAACCAUGCCUCUGUGGUCAUGUGGUCUGUGGCCAAUGAGCCUGCAUCUGAAAUGCCGCCCGCGGGACUCUAUUUCAAGGAACUCAUUUCUCAUACGAAAUCUCUGGAUUCCACCCGGCCGGUCACAUACAUCACAAACAGUGACUACGGCAGAGAUCUAGGGGCCCCGUAUGUGGACGUUAUUUGUGUAAACAGCUAUUUCUCGUGGUACCAUGACCCGGGUCACACGGAGGUCAUCGGUCUUCAGCUCAACACUCAGUUUGAUAACUGGUAUGGGAAAUACCAGAAGCCCAUAAUCCAGAGCGAGUAUGGAGCGGACGCCGUGCCCGGCCUACACAGUGAUCCACCCGUGAUGUUCACAGAAGAGUAUCAGAAGACGGUCCUGCAGAACUACCACAGCGUGUUUGACCAGAAGAGGAAGGAGUUCGUCAUUGGAGAGCUGAUCUGGAACUUUGCCGACUUCAUGACGGCUCAAACCACCGUUCGAGUGGUCGGGAAUAAGAAAGGAGUCUUCACUCGGCAGCGGCAGCCCAAAGCCGGAGCGUUUCUCCUGCGGGAGCGAUACUGGAGGAUCGCCAAUGAGACAGGUGUGCUGCCCACCUGGGCCAGGUAUCCCUGCCAGUGAGCGGAUUAACUGCUUCCUGUGUGCGCUGGAAAACAGGAAGAGCAGGUGGAAAUGGACCUUUUAUCAAGUAAAAGUGCCCUAUACUUCCUACACUAUGACAAUCACACAAAUCCUUCUGCUCAUUUAUGAUCAAGUCUGUUCUAAUGCUGUGAUUGUGUGAUGAAUCCAUGUGCUGUUUGAUCUUUGUAAAGACUCUCAACUUUUAAUUGCAAAUGUCCACAAUACUGAAAUGCAGCAACACUUUAAACUUGAAUUUUUUUAUUAAUUUUUUUUUAUUAAACGGGAACAGGAAGUGCCUUGUGCAGGCGUUCAGCCUCUGGGAUUGAUAUUGUGAAUGUUUGCAAUGAUUUCAAACGAGUUGUCUGUGUGCGAGUGACCAGUGUUGUGUUGAUUUGUAUGACAGGAGAGUGUACUUUACUUUAAAUCUUUCCUCGCCAGCGUUUUUUUUUUUUUACGUUUUAAAAAGUCGUUUCCUCCUUAUGGGUUCAAUAUUUCAUUCAGUAACAUUAGGCAGUUUUGAUUUAUAUGCCUUUUCCAAAACAAAGCUUCGAAACCUUUGCGAAUCAUUUGUUUCUAACCAGUGAUUCAGAGCGCGUAUCAAACUACCAAAGUCAUGUGAUUUCAGUAAACGAGGCUAAACAAGGUUUCGAAACAUUUACAAAUUUCAAUGGUUCACCACUAGGGGGUUAACCACUAUCUCUCUUAACCAUAGACUGAACGCACAAACCAGUGUCUAUAUAUGGUUUUCAGGAAGUUUUAUAAAUUUGUUGACAUUUUUAAUGACACAUUUGUAUAUUAAAAAGGAAGAGUUUGAGUUAUUGGCCUGAUUAACCAAGCUCUCCAUCAAACAAACCCUACAAUUUAAUAAAAUAACACAGAUUAUACAGAUAAAUAAAACUUUUGCAGUUGGUUUGUUAAAGGUGUUUUUGUUGCAUUUACACUGUUUUGAUCAGCAGGGGUCACCAGUGUGUGGCAUUUCGCUUGAUUCGAAACAGUCAAUUAUUUUGCGAAGUGAUUCAAAGUUUCACAAAGCUUCGUUUCUCCCAUCACUAGUUCAGUAUUCGAUGAUCACGUUAGCUUACAUGAGCAUAAGCAAUCGCCUGUUUCUGCUUCUUCUUGUCCUGUGUUUUGAUCCAGAGAUUCUGUACUCUUUCAGAAGAUGCGUAACAGCGCCCCCUACCGUAUAACACUGAAAACGCAGAUUGCCGGAAAAUUCGGUCAAUGGCGGGGAAAGAGUUAAUUACUUUAUAAUAAGCAAUUCAAUGAGUCCUUUGUUUUGUGGACAUUCCAAACCUUUCCAGCGAUGUCAUCAAAAUAAACAACAUUCCACAAAAACCUUCCUGAGAUUAUGGAUGUUCAUGUUAACUCAUCUGUUUCCUAGAUUCAGUUCAGAUUCAUUUGUAGACAACUUUAUGCUCAAAGAGUGUCAAGAAAUAUGAUUCAUCAGACAAACAUCUUCCUCGGUUCAGACUUGGAUAAGAUUAUCAUAUAAUAAACAGCAAGAAUGAUCAUUUA